AUGGACCGCGGCCAUAAUGCAAACGCACCGCCGCAAGAGCGGUUCUUUGACUGGACGAUUGAGCGCAAAGAGCUAGCGCCGGACGGAAUUCCGCGUCUCAUGUACACCAUCAAUGGAGCCUUCCCUGGCCCAAUAAUACAAGCAAAUGAGGGCGACACUGUUUCAGUCCGUGUGAAAAACGCCAUCUUUGACGACUAUACGCUCCCCAAGCCGCCCAUGUCGUCCCAAAUGGGCCGCGUGAUGCCAAACGGCACGGAAACGCAAGUCGCUUUUCACUGGCACGGCCUGUCUAUGCGUGGAUCGCAAAUCAUGGACGGUGCGCCUGGCUUUACUUCUUUUGCCAUUUCGCGUGGCGAAGAGCACUUGUAUCGAUUCCGGAUUCACAAAGAGGAUGUCGGGACCCAUUGGUACCAUUCGCAUGCCGGCGCUUCUCGCGCAGACGGGCUGUGGGGUAUGCUCAUUGUUCAUGCACGCGAGUAUGAACCAAAGCUUUUGCAGCGUAUAGCACAGAAUGCGUCGGUGCCGCUGCACUGGGACGAAGAGGUGGCCGUUGCCGUCGGCGACCAUUUCCACGAGCUGGGGCCUGUCUUCUUUUCGUACUACAUUUCGCGUUGGCUGCAAAAGGCUGAGCCCGUCCCUGCGAGCGGACUUAUUAACGGCCGAAGCCGCUUUAGCUGCGAGCAUAGCCGGCUUACGCAGGUGCCAUGCCCCGCGGAUCCACUUGGCGCCGAGUCUGUGGGCGAAUAUACUAUCUUUACGCUCCAGCAAGACCGUCGCUAUCGACUUCGCAUUGCCAAUGUCGGUUCCUUAGCCGAUGAGACUUUUUCUGUCGAUGGACAUACCCUGACGGUGAUAGAGGCAGACGGCACGCUGGUGCAACCUAUCACAGUGCACCGACUUCCCAUUGCGCCUGGCCAACGCUACUCGGUGCUCCUCAACCGUGUGAAUUCGGUCGACCGGGCGUGGAUGCGCGCUGAAAUGUCUGCCGAGUGCUUUCAGUACAUGAACCCGGUGAUGAAUUUGGUGACAAAAGCAAUUAUUGCUUACCAGUCAGUGCCGUCCGCGCGGGAUACAGUCGGUGGGUGGCUCUCUCCGCUUCGCCGCGGCGUGCAAGGACGCGAUGCGAUGGCCCUGCAUGUAGCACGAAACCAAGAGACACGACGCAGCGUUGAUGCGGUAUUGCUUCCUCAAUCAAGCGCAUGGAGCCCCAACGUGACUGAUGCACCAAUCCCGAUUGAGCCGUGUCAUGACCUCGAGCCAGGAGCGCUGGUGCCACUGGUGCCUGACCCAGCUCCCGAACUGCAUCUCGCACAUGGAGACGUGCGAGAAACAGUGUACGUCACGGUACCUGCCCUGGAAAAGUGGCAUAUCGUGCCGAUGGCAUACAUGAAUCAGUCAACGUGGCGCUCCAAUGCCGCAGGCCACCAACGAGCGCCACUAUUGCAUCGCAUUGCGCAUGCAAACACGACGGACCCCGCCGAAUGGCGCGCGCAGGAUGUAGUUUUCGAGGAACACGAGCUUGUUGUGAGUCCACACCCUAGCAAGCCCGUCGUGUUCGAGCUGGUGAUCAACAACCAGGAUGACUCCCCACAUCCAUUCCACCUGCAUGGCCACAAGUUCUGGGUCAUGGAGACCGAUGAGGUCGAUCCCGCUUUUGGUGGCUACAAUCUGUACGAGGACGUGGGCCAGGUGUAUGAUCUACAGCGAACUAUGAAGCGCGACACGGUCCUCGUACCGACCUUGGGCCAUGCCGUGAUUCGCUGGAAAGCGGACAACCCGGGUGUUUGGGCAUUCCACUGCCAUAUGCUCGUUCACUUGCUCAGCGGCAUGGCUAUGGCCAUUGCCGAGCAGCCAGCACUGCUGCAGGCUGCGCCACCUGUGCCGCCCAUGUACAGGUAA